UUGUGUACAAUAUUGUGAUGUUUAUACGAGAUUUAGUCAUUCAGCAUUAAACAGUUAAAUCUGUUUAUUAUUAUUGUUUCAUUAGGAAAGUGUUGGCCAUUAACUUGGGACAAUAGGCCUACUUAAUGUUCUUGGGACAGGGAAGUAGACGGAGAGAAUAUAUUUGUGUUCACAACAUUUCACAGUACCGUCGAAUGGGUGCCUCAGUUCACUGGAUAUUUAGUAAACACAAGAGUGCCAAUAAAGUGAAGGAAAGAGUAGCACAAACGCAGAGACAUGAAAGAACAUUCAUGGAGCUCCUGGGCAGCAUUCAAUCUACAGUGCUGACAAGGCACCAAAAGGCUGAAGUUAUGAUUGCAGGAGAACAGCUAAGGUUGCGACUGCAUGAUAGCAAGUUGAUUAAGGACCGUAGACACCAUUUGCGCACAUAUCCGAAUUGUUUUGUGGCUCAGGAGGUAAUCGAUUGGCUGAUUGCUCAUAAGGAAGUGCCAGAUCGAGAGAUCGCUGUUCAGCUCAUGCAGCACCUCAUGGACUGUGAUAUCAUACAUCAUGUGUGUGAUAAGUGGCCAGUGUUCAAAGAUGCCAAAUACUUGUACAGAUUCAGAAAGGACGAUGGGACGUUUCCGUUUAACUUAGAGGUUAAGAUCUUUAUGCGUGGACAGAGGCUGUAUGAACAUCUUAUAACAUGCAAAGACUCCAUCUUACAAGAGAGACAGGAAAAGGGUGUGGCCUAUGAACGGUCUUUCCCUGGUUACAUGUUAAUUGAUUGGCUGCUACAGAAUGGCGAAAUAGAGAGUCGACGGCAGGGACUAGAUCUCUGCAAGGCCCUAUUAGAGCAUGAUAUCAUUCAACAUGUCUCCCAGAAGCAUCACUUUUUUGACGGUGGGCUGCUCUAUCAAUUCUGCAUUAACUUUCGCCGUCGACGUCGCCUCUCGGAACUGUUGCAUGAAACAGAAAGUGAAGAACAAGAAUGUACAACACAGCUAAAUCAAGACGACCAAGCUGACAGUCCCUUCACACUACGCAAAACCCCUCCAUCGGAGGGCAACAGUAACUUCUCAUCUGUUCAAUCUACUAAGGAUUUAAAUGUACCUACAAAUGGACGAUGUGGAAGUUUGGAUCAUCAAAGGCAUGGUUCAAGUGGAUACCCCAUCACUGCAUCUCUUUCCAGUGCCUAUACAGUACAAUGCAAUCCUAUAUCAGUGCUAAAAAGAAAUGUGACCUGUGAGGAGCUUUUAUCUCCAGGUGCGCCUUACGUCAAAAGAGUUCUUACGAUCCUGGGAGAUGCCCUAGGCUGGGGCUUUGUAGUACGAGGAAAAUCACCUUGUUACGUUCAGGCUGUGGAUCCUGGAGGCCCCGCUGCAGCAGCUGGAGUUAAGGUACGCCAGUUUGUGCGCCGAGUGAACGGCUGCAAUGGGCUUCACCUGGACUAUCGCGCACUGUCAAAGCUGGUGAUGACUGGACCUCGUGUUGUUACUUUGGAGGUGAUGGAGCCACUGACAAAUUAAUGUUACUGCAUUUGAUACAAGUGAAAGGAUGUGCAUUUUUCUCCUAUAUACCCUGUAGAAUCCCCGUAAAUGUCUUAUUUUUCUAAAUAUUACAGCCAGGCCUGUGUGAAAUAAAAUUAUGUCAGCUUUAAUAUUUUGGUUUCACGUGUUUUGGUCGCUUGAUAUUAAGAUUCUUUCUCAUGACAGUGUGGUUAUUGUGUGGAAAACCAUAAAGUUUGAUUGGUUGAACCACAAAUACAUCCCACAAACUGUGGAUCCUAUAGGCUACAGUUAAUCAAGGGCUGAUUUUGUGUUUUCUAUGCAUCUCAAUUUGUAUUAAACCUUUUUAUUACACAACAAUGGCUUCUGUUAAUGUCAGUAAUUCACCAAGUAUUCCUUUUGUUCUUAAACUUACUU